AUGUCUUCUCUCAAGGGCCCCACCCCCCAGCAGCACGAUGGCGCCGGCCUGCGCAUCGGCAUCGUCCACGCCCGGUGGAACGCCACCAUCAUCGAGCCGCUCGUCGCCGGCGCCAAGGCCAAGCUGCUCGAGUGUGGCGUGAAGGAUUCCAACAUUGUCGUUCAGUCGUGCCCCGGCGCCUGGGAGCUUCCCAUUGCCGCGCAGCGCCUCUAUGCCGCCUCCCAAGUCCAGUCCGCCUCCUCCGCCGGUGGCGCUUCCGCCGGUGACCUGCUCGCAUCGUCCACGACCGACCUCUCCGCCUCUGCCGCCGCCACGUCGUCGAGUUUUGAUGCCAUCAUCGCCAUCGGCGUGCUCAUCAAGGGCGAGACGAUGCACUUUGAGUACAUUGCCGAUGCCGUCUCGCACGGUCUCAUGCGUCUGCAGCUCGACACGGGCGUGCCCGUCAUCUUUGGCGUCUUGACGGUGCUCAGCGACGAACAAGCGCUCUCGCGCGCCGGCGUUGACGGCAAGGGCCACAACCACGGCGAAGACUGGGGCCUCGCCGCCGUUGAGAUGGGCGUCAAGCGCAGCGAGUGGGCAAGCGGCAAGAUUGAGGGUUAA